AUGACUGUUGGAUUAGCAAGAAAGUUGUCACGUACAAAGCCUCACAGAGAUGCAUUGAUGCGUAAUAUGGUCAGUCAACUUCUACAACAUGGCAGUAUUACAUCUACGCAUGCCAAGUGUAAAGAGGCCUCUAGAGUCGCAGAUAGAGUAAUUAAUUGGGCAAAGAUUGUUCACCAGAAUCCCAAUUCACCGCUAUUGUCACAAAUACAGUCCAGAUUGUUCCUAUCAGGUGACAACUCGAAACUCAUCAAAAGGCUGGUAAGUGAAAUAGCACCUGUUUAUUCUAAUAGAAAUGGUGGAUAUACCCGUGUGAUGCAUCUAGAACCCAGAUUAACUGACAGGGCUCCCUAUUCUUUGCUUGAAUUGGUUAACACUCCUGUAAUUGAUGCUAGCGGAAACUUCCAAAGAGGUAAUUUGAAGAUGUGGUUAAUGGUUAAGAACACAUUGGCAGAUGAACAAUCUGGUAAAGCGUACUCGUUGUUAACGUUACAAAAUCUAAAGAAAAUGACUCUAGACAAGAGUCGCGAGCAGUUAAACAGUGAAAUAUUGGCAAUAAGGAAAUUUUUAGUGGGACAAGAUGGUGAACAAUGGGAUGAAUCACAACAACUGAGUGCUGUGCAACAGCUUUUGGACCAAGUUUACGAAAAGGAUUUGAAGAAAUUGAAAGAAGAAGAGAGAGCAAUUAAUGGUGGGUACCGUUUUGUAUCAAGACCAGCGUCGAGAGCAGAAUCUUAG